ACGCCGCCCGGUCUAGUGUAGUGGAGGAUUGCAGUGGGUUUGGGGCAGUCGAGGGUUGCCGCUUGUGUCUGUGACAUUGAGCUCGAGAAAAAGUCCUGUCGGAGCUAUGACUCGGAUACUAGAGUGUUUAAAAUCAUUAAAGCUAGAAUAAAGACAUUAUAUUCACAUUUAACGUCGUUUAAGUUGUUUAACGCGUUAGUUUCUGUCUGGAGAAGAAGUGGGUUGGUGUCGCCUCGUGGAAGUCGUGACUGUGAUGUUAGUGUGGGUUAUGGAUUAUAAAAUGUUCAUAAAACAUUGUAAACUCUCUACAUUGAGUUUACAUCUUAAGUGACCGGACACCUCUAGAUCAAAUGCUGGGAAGCUGAUCCAGCUUAUUCGAUCUUCUCUAUUUAUAUAAGCUGUUACACACACUGCCAGUGAGAUGUCUCUGGUUUUCCCGCGACCCAAUACCAGUGUGAUCGGCAAGAAGGACAAGCGACUCAUGGCUGAGGUGAACGCAUCUCCGCUCAAACACUUCGUCACUGCCAAGAAGAAGAUCAACGGCAUCUUUGAACAGCUGGGCGCCUACAUCAAAGAAAGCUCAGCGUUUCUAGAAGAAACCUACAGCAAUGAAGAGCUGGAUCCUGUUACCACAGAGGAGCAGGUGGCGGAGGUGCGGGGAUACCUGUCCAAAGUGGCAGGGAUUGGUGAAGUCCUGUCCCGAAGACACAUGAAAGUGGUCUUCUUUGGCAGGACCAGUAACGGAAAGAGCUCCGUCAUUAAUGCCAUGCUUUGGGAUAAAGUGUUGCCGUCUGGAAUCGGACACACCACCAACUGCUUCCUGCGAGUGGAAGGCACUGAUGGCAAUGAGUCUUUCCUGCUCACUGAAGGGUCGGACGAAAGGAAGAGUGUUAAGACGGUGAACCAGUUGGCACAUGCUUUACAUCAGGAUGAGGAUUUGGAUGCUGGCAGCCUGGUGUGUGUCAUGUGGCCCAAAGCAAAGUGUGCGCUGCUGCGUGAUGACCUGGUACUUGUGGACAGCCCUGGUAUUGAUGUCACAACAGAGCUGGACAGCUGGAUCGACAAAUUCUGCCUCGAUGCUGACGUUUUUGUGCUGGUGGCCAAUUCAGAGUCCACUUUAAUGCAAACAGAAAAAUCUUUUUUUCACAAAGUAAACGAACGCCUCUCCAGCCCUAAUAUCUUCAUCCUGAACAACCGCUGGGACGCAUCGGCCAAUGAGCCAGAGUACAUGGAAGAGGUGAGGCGGCAGCACAUGGACCGCUGCACUAGUUUUUUAGUGGAUGAGCUGCGGGUGGUGGAUCGCUCUCAUGCCGGGGAUCGAAUCUUCUUUGUCUCUGCUAAAGAAGUUCUUCAGGCGCGUGUACAGAAGGCCCAGGGAAUGCCUGAAGCAGGUGGUGCAUUAGCUGAAGGUUUUCAAGCCAGAAUGUUUGAGUUUCAGAACUUUGAAAGGCGUUUUGAGGAGUGUAUCUCGCAGUCAGCAGUGAAGACGAAGUUUGAGCAGCACACGACGAGAGCUAAACAGAUUUCUGAAGCUCUGCGUCUGAUAAUGGAUUCUGUGCACAUCGCAGCUCAAGAGCAGAGGAUUCAUUGCUUGGAGAUGAAGGAGGAGAGGGAGGACAGGCUGGAGUUCAUUGAUAAACAGCUGGAUCUGCUCACUCUCGACUGCAAGAGCAAAAUCAAGAAGAUCACAGAGGAGGUGGAGAAACAGGUUUCCAAUGCUAUGGCAGAGGAGAUCCGCAGGCUGGCGGUACUGGUGGAUGACUUUCACAUGGACUUCCAUCCUUCACCAGUCGUGCUCAAAGUCUACAAGAACGAGCUGCACAGGCACAUAGAGGAAGGUCUUGGCAGGAACAUGUCGGAGAGAUGCUCCAGUGCAAUAACCGUAGCUCUGCAAACCACACAGACUGACAUGAUCGACGGUCUGAAGCCACUGCUGCCUAUCACGAUUCGGGAGCAGGUGGAUAAGAUGGUGCCCAGACAGUGUUUCGCCCUCAGCUACGACCUCAACUGUGACAAACUCUGCAGCGACUUCCAGGAGGACAUCGGCUUUCACUUCUCCCUCGGCUGGACGAUGCUGGUCAACCGCUUCCUGGGCCCCAAAAACACACGUCGCGCUCUAAUGGGCUACAACGACCAGGUUCCCAGAUCCCUGGCCAUUACUCCGGUCAGCACAAGUAUGCCUCCAUUCCCUCAAGGAUCUAUGACCCAGGAAGAGCUUAUGGUUUCUAUGGUGACAGGACUGGCAUCACUCACCUCUCGGACAUCAAUGGGCAUCAUAGUUGUUGGAGGAGUGAUCUGGAAAGCAGUGGGCUGGAGGCUCAUUGCUCUGUCUGUGGGUCUCUACGGGCUGCUGUACGUGUAUGAGAGACUCACCUGGACCACCAGAGCCAAAGAGAGAACAUUUAAGAGGCAGUUUGUGGAUUACGCCAGCGAGAAACUGCAGCUCAUCGUCAGCUACACCGGCUCCAACUGCAGCCAUCAAGUUCAGCAGGAGCUGGCCAGCACCUUCUCUCAGCUGUGCCAGCAGGUGGACGUCACCAGACAGCAGCUGGAGGAUGAAAUUGGGGAUUUGAACAGCAAGAUUGAACAGCUGGACACCCUGCAGAGUAAAGCCAAACUGCUCAGGAAUAAGGCGGGCUGGCUGGACAGUGAGCUCAACAUGUUCAUUCAGCAGUAUCUUCAACAGGGGCGAUAAACUCCACAAGCCCUCAACAAGCUCCGUCGAUCUCUCUUGCAGAUCAUCUAACCCUUCAAACUUUUAUUUCAGCGUACCAAUCACAUAUUUUUCUAUUCGUUGUUCUUUCCGCCAUUGAGAGUACAGUGACACGUGCCACUUUAAAAAGAAGCUUUCUUUCGUUUGUUUGUUUUUUUUUGUACACAAGACACUGUUUCUUUUAUAUUUAAUACAAGAGUAAUUAUUUAUUCUUGACAUAAGAGGUCAUGUGACGUAGUGGCUCUCUUUGUUAGGUUGUGUUUAUAGUCCAUAUCAGUUUUCUUAAUACGCCACAGUCAAUCAAAAAGUGAGACGAUGUUUUAGACCAGUGUUUCCCAACCAUGUUCCUAAAGGCACACCAACAGUACACAUUUGCCACCUCUUCCGGUUUAAACACACCCGCAUCCACUCAUCAGAACAUUAGAAGAGACUCCAAAACCUGAUGUUAAUGGGUCAGAUAAGGGACACUUUCAAAGUAUGUUGGUGUGCCUCCAGGAACAGGGUUGGGGAACACUGUUUUAGGCUCUCACGUGCCUUGGAAUUAAUCUGAUGGUGUGUGUUUGUGUGUGUCGUACAGCUAUGAAAAUGAGGUUUUCCUCUGCAAUCUGUAUCACAGCUCUACUAUAGUAUGUUUAAUAAUGUAAACAAUGCCGUGUCUCCAUUCCACUCAAGUCUGAGAUGAGAACAUUGCUAUUGUGGGUGUCAGAUUCAACAUCAGGAUUCGGGAAGGAGGAAUUUAGCGACAAUUUAAAGGGAUAGUUCACCCAAAAUGAGCAUUUACACACUAUUUAUUUACCCUCAAGUGGUUGUAAACCUCAGAGUUUCUUUUUUUUUACUGUUAAAUGCUAAAGAUAUUUGAAAUUAAGCCGAAAACCAUUGAUAAACGUAGUAGAAACAACAAACACUGUAGAAGUCAAUGGUUACAGGUUUACAACAUUCUUCAAAAUCUCUUCUUUAGUGUUCAAUUGAAGAAAGAAACUCAUAAAUGUUUGAAAUGAGUAAAGGGUGACUGAAUUACUGAAUUUUUUUGUCGAACUAUCCUUUUAAGGCUGUCAUUUAUCCACAUGUUAACCAACUCUAUUUUAUUUUUCUCCUGUUCCCAAAGAUUUGAUCUGGCUGACACUUUUGGCAACAUUGAAUGGUUAGUUCACCCACAAAUGAACAUUUACUCACUCUUUAAGCAACCUGAAGUGGUUGUAAACCUUCAUGAGUUUCUUUUUUUUACUGUUGAAAAAGAAGAUAUUUUGAAUAAAGCUGAAAACCAUUGACUCAAAGUAUGAAAAACAAAUACUAUGGAAGUCAGUGGUUACAGGUUUCCAGCAUUUUUCAAAAUCUCUUUUGUUUUCAAGAGAAGAAAGAACUAUUUUUUUGGGUGAACUAUUUCUUUAUACUGAAGUGCAAACAAUUUUUUCAGCCUGUUUUUGAAGACUUGAUCUGCCUGACACUAUUGGGAACAUUAAAGCGAUAGUUCACCCUAAAAUGAACAGUUACUCACUAUUUAACCACCCUGAAGUGAUUGUAAACCUUCAUGAGUUUCUAUUUUUCUGGUAAACACAAAAGAAGAUAUUUUGAAGAAAGUGGGAAAACGGUAACCAUUGAUUUCUAUAGUAUGAAAAACAAAUACUGUGGAUUUCAGUGGUUACAGGUUUCCAACAUUCUUCAAAAUAUCUUCCUUUGUGUUCAACAGAAGAAAGAAACUCCUAGAGGUUUGAAAUGAGUAAAGGGUGACUGAAUUACUGACUUUUUGGGUGGACUGUCUCUUUAAGGCUGUCAGUUACCCUCAAAUUAGCAAACUAUUUUAUUUUCACCCUUUUCCCAAAGAUUUGAUCUGCCUGACACUUUUGGCAUCAUUGAAGCGGUAGUUCACCCUAAAAUGAACAUUUACUGAUUAUAUAACUACCCCAAAGUGGUUGUAAAGCUUCAUGAGUUUCUUCUGUUGAACACAAAAGAUGUUUUGAAUAAAGAGGGAAACCGGUAACCAUUGACUUCUGUAGUAUGAAAAACAAAUACUGUGGUUACAGGUUUACAACAUUUUUUGAAAUAUCUUCCUUUGUGUUCAGCAACAACAACAAAAAAGAAACUUAUAGAGGUUUGAAAUGAGUGACUGAAUGAUUUAUAUUUUAUUUUUGGGUGAACUAUGCCUUUAAAUCUGAGUUGCACAAAUUAGUGCGAACAAUUUUUUUUCACCCUGAUUCCAAAGACUUGGCUGACACUUUUGGCAACAUUAAAGGGAUAGUUCACAAGUACUAUCUAUUUAACCCUCCCUCAAGUGGUUGUAAACCUUUUCUUCAGUUGAACAAAGAGGAAAAUAUACUUUGGAGAAAGAUGAAAAGCGGUAAGCAUUGACUUUAGUAUAAAAAACAAAUACUAUGGAAGCCAAUGGUUACAGGUUUCAAACAUUUUUUGAAAUAUCUUCUUUUGUGUUCAGCUAAGUGAAGAGUGAGUGAAUAAUAGCAAAUUUGUACGUUUUGGGUGAACUAUUCUUUUAUAUACAUGCUCUUACACGCUGAUUCUAGAAUAACAACAGUUUAUACAACUGUAUAACCUGACUUAAUUAAAUCAGUGAUGUUCUGCUGCCACAUUUUAACACUAAUCAUUUGCUUAGUUGCAAUUAAUGAAUAUGAAUAUGGGAUUUAUGAAUUGGAUUGGAUGAGUGAUGCGCAUAUCAUUACGAGUUAAUAAUACAUUUUAUUCCAUCGAAUCAGACUUCACUAAUUCAUUACAGUGAUGUGCGAUCCAUUACUAACCCGUUAGUCUCUCACAUGUGUGUGGUAUAUUGUAUGGUAAGCUGUUUAGUUUGGAUUAUGACGUGUGCCAAGCGUUCCAGAAGGUGAUCUGAAGAGCUCCUGUGAUGUGCACUUUAUAAUUUGCUGCUUUCUUUGCGUUCGUUUCCUGCAGGUUCUUUAGAAAGAGAACGGCACACACUGACCUGUGUCUGUCAACAGUAAUGUAUAGAUGAGCAUGCAGACUGAUGUCAUUUAUUGUCAUUCAUUAUUACUGUUAGACGAAAUAAUAAAGUGACACUGUUAAAAUGGA